CUUCUUCAUUCACCAAAUUUCUCCUUAACCUACUUGUAACCAUACUAAACUUAUGUUCUCUAUUCGCAGUCGCAUCCUCUACUUGCUCCUGUUGGCACGCCACUCCGGCUUCUGGUCGGGUCUCGCCUCCGAACGCGUCUGCCCCGGCUUCGUCGCGUUCGCCCAGGUGUUUCCCGGACAAUUUACGCAUUGCGGGCUAAAAGUGUCAGGUUUGCCACACCUAAAGCAAAAAUGGUCCUCGUCCCGGACAUACAAUCCGGAAACUAUGACCAGGUUGCCGGCAGUUCCAGCAGAUCCGCUUGCUCGUCUCGCGGGUCUUCGCUGCCACCUCUUCCACUUCCGGGGAUGGACUCUCGUCACGCUGAGGUGGGACUUCAACCUCAUAAACGGCCUGUUUGACUCCUGCGGAUAUCUGGUUUGUUGUCCCUGUGAUGAGCGCCCUCGACGGCUCAUGUAUCGCUCCACUUCGAUACAUUCUUGGCGCAACUCGUCCACCUUCACGGUCUCGAGAGGUUUCUGGAAUCGUGAAGCUAGCCGCCACAUGUGGUGGAUGUAGUCGUCUACACCUUCGCUAGACUGCUGUUCCCUCUGCAGUAGCUCCUGCAUGAGGUCAUGCUCGGUCUGGUAGCCCCGAAACCGGUCCAACAUUGCUUGACGCAAUUCAGCCCAGCUGUCUACUCUCGAGUGCCUCACGUGCAUCCAGUACCAUUCCCUGGCUCUGCCCUCCAAUAGAACAUGGAAGUCGCGUAGCACUUCCCUCCAUGGGCAUUGGUAUUGUCUCUGCAAAAUUCGAUGCGGAAGACAAAAUCCUCCACAGCGUGAGUGGAAUCGGCACCAUCGAAUUGCACGUUCCAGCGUUCCAGCUUCAGCAUCUGAACGCAUGUUGCCGUGGGGAUUCCGCCAGUUCUAGCAUGCGGAUCGUACACCUCUUCAGGGCUCGUUAGAUAAUCUGGACGCGGCAACGGUCCUCGUAUGGUCGGCACUGGCGGCUCCGGCUCACUUAUGUGGACCUUCGGGAUUGCUCCUGUCCCCGCCAUCGCGAAUCUCAUCGCGUAUCGAUGCUGCAAUACCCUACUGUAGUGAACUCCUGUAGGUCGCGUGGGCCUGCGCGAGGGCUGCAUUCACGGUCGACUUGAGGACUGAGUCCGUCGACUCCGGAGGAUAGAUGUGUCGGCCUGUAUCCGCCGAGUUGCUGGCAGUUGUGGUUCCCAUGCCGGAUGCUACUGCCGGUGGUUGAGUACCCGGUUGCAAAGCCUCUUGCUCCAAUCCAACAAGUGCUUCAGCCGAUGGAAACUGUACUUCCGGGAAUCCACGAAAGUUCAUCGGAGUCCUCGCCAUACCUCCCACUAGAUGCGGCAGGUUCCCCGGUGCUCCAUCUGUUUCGCGACCCUCCGACAUUACUAUUUCCCUAUUAAUCUACUGCUAUAUAAGAAAACGAUACCUAUCAAAAUAAACUCCUAUAAUAAAUAAAUAAACACCAAAAAUAAACAAAAUAAAUAACUCAAACAACAACAAAUUUUUCCUUUUA